CCCUAAACAUGGUCCACGGAAGUACAUGAACACAAAUUGCAAUGCCUGGCCCUGCUGACCCUGGUGAACAUACUCAACGUGCACUGUUACAUACCAGUGGAGUACUGCCACUAACUCUAACCAGAGCACCCCUGCUUGCUCACCUGUCCUGCGAAAGCGCUCCCGCUCGUCCACGCCCCAGCUGAGCCCCGAGGUCAAUAGCACCAUGGUGGAAAAGGGUUCAUCAGACCAGGCCUCAGACCGCUCCCCCACCACCCCCGAACAGCAACAGACCUCCCAGCACCAACGCACCUACUCCCAGUCUGUCCAUCCCACCAGCAGCCGCAGCAGUGGGAAGAACUCCAAGAAAAGUCAGAGCUGGUACAAUGUAUUGAGUCCCACCUACAAGCAGCGCAAUGAGGACUUCAGGAAGCUUUUUAAGCAGCUGCCAGAUACUGAGCGCCUCAUUGUGGACUAUUCCUGUGCCCUGCAGCGGGACAUCCUUCUGCAGGGACGCCUCUACCUCUCAGAGAACUGGAUUUGUUUCUAUAGCAACAUCUUCCGAUGGGAAACCCUGCUCAUGGUUCGAUUAAAGGACAUCUGCUCCAUGACUAAGGAAAAGACAGCCCGUCUCAUCCCCAACGCCAUCCAGUUGUGCACUGACAAUGAGAAGCACUUUUUCACCUCAUUUGGGGCGAGGGACCGGACAUACAUGAUGAUGUUCAGACUGUGGCAGAAUGCUCUCCUAGAAAAGCCAUUAUGUCCAAAAGAGCUAUGGCACUUUGUCCAUCAGUGUUAUGGUAAUGAACUUGGCCUGACCAGUGAUGAUGAGGACUACGUCCCUCCUGAUGAAGACUUCAACACCAUGGGGUACUGUGAAGAGCUGCCCGUGGAGGACAGCAAUGAGCACAACAAUGACACCAGCAACACCCUCACCAAGAACACUGAGGCCAAGCCUGACGUCAGCCCUGUGCUGCCCCACAAAGCCUUCCCCAACAACGCUCUGCCAGAACUAACCAGCACUGACUCUCCAGUCCCUCAGUAUGACCUGCCCCCUGUGGAGGAUGUAUCCAGCCCUCUCCCUGACACAGACCUCCUCACCCUUCCCGUGCCUGAGAGCCACAGCAACCAGCAUAGCAGCCACGCCCUUUCACCUUCACUGGACCUCAACGACAACGAGGACCUCCCCACCGAGCUCAGUGACUCAUCUGAGACGCACGAUGAAGGAGAGGUGCAGGCUUUCCACAAGGACCUGAGUGGCAGGCAAUACAUCAACGGGGUGUACAAGUUUGGUGUGGACAAGAUGUAUGACUUACUCUUCACUGAGUCUGAGUUCAUGAGGGAAUUUCGGGAACAGAGGCGGUUCUCAGAUGUGGUAUAUCAACCAUGGAAGAAAGAGCAGGAUGGGAACCAGACCAGAGAGAUCAUGUACACCAUUGCUCUGAAUAAUCCUCUGGCGCCCAAGACAGCCACAGUCACUGAAACGCAGACUCUAUAUAAGGCGAGCCAGGAGAACGAGUGCUACAUCAUUGAUGCAGAGGUGAUCGCCCAUGACGUGCCCUACCAUGACUACUUCUACACUCUCAACCGCUACAUGCUCACCAGAGUGUCCAAGAACAAGUGUCGCCUGAGGGUGUCAACGGAGCUUCGUUACAGGAAGCAACCAUGGGGGAUUGUGAAGGGCUUCAUUGAGAGGAACUUUUGGAGUGGCCUGGAUGAGUACUUCAGAAACUUAGAGUUGGAGCUGAAUAAGUUGGAUGUGGUGUUGAUGGAGCCCCACAGUCAGUCACCCAAGAGCAAGGCUCUAAGGACAGGCACCAGCCACAGGAGGAAACAGACGCUGGUCCAUCACCUGAGGCCGGCAGGGAACAUUGAGGAGGCCUUGAGCCCCGUCUCCACACCUGAGGAUGAGUCAGACAUUCACCACAUCAAACAUGUGGCAGGUUCCACACAGACCAGACACAUUCCUGAUGCUCCAGGAGGCCUUGCACUUUACAACUUCUCCAAACUGCUGCUUCUCAUCAGCCUUGUCCUGAUACUACUGGUAUUUCUCAAUGUGAUGCUGUUCUACAAGCUGUGGAUGCUGGAGUACGCCACACAGAGUCUCACUGCAGCACAGACAUUACGACCACAAGAAAGCAAAAUUCCUCAGACCAAGUUGGAGUGGGUGCAGCUCCUGGACUCCCAGCAGCGUUACCAUGAUGACGAGCUCCAGAAGUGGAAGGAGAUAAUCAAAUCAUCAGUGCUACUGCUCGAUGAGCUAAGAGACUCCCUUCUUAACCUCCAUAAAAGCAUAGGACUCAGGGACUACAACUCUGAGACAGAGGAAAAGAGAAACCAGUAUGACUGAUUGAUAAUCUCAAGGCAUACGGACAUGAUGUGCAAUAUUCAACCUACCUUUUCUGAGCCUGUGGAAAGAAUGUGGCCUUUUAAAGGCGAAGAGAAGAGGAUGGAGUUCAGUCAGAGAGCUUUUCAAGGAAAGUAACCCCUGUCUCAAAGUGACCUCAUCAACCUGCAGUGGGUGAGAGUGCACUAACACACCACAAUGCAUCCUGCAGAGAGACAAAAUCAGUGGCAAGGCUCGUCUGUAGCUUUUACUGCUCUUAUACAUCUUCCUGCCCCCAGCUCCACAUUCCUUCUUUGCACACAAAGCUGCAUUACUGUCUUUUUUUGUUUUGUUUUGUUUGUUUUGCCACUUACUGACAGAAAUCAGACUGACCCAAAGCUUACAACUUCUUCUGGCUUCUGCUGUUUUUCCAAGUACAAAUUCAUGUUGGAAUCAUAUGUGCAUUCACUUUGGAAAACUCCAACAGCUGCUGUAUUCAUCUGUUUCUAUCUUGGAAACUGGGAAACAUGAUAAGUGACUCUAAUAAAUCCACAGUUUGCAGUAUUUAAACCUAUCGUUUGUUCAACAGAACACUGAGGAAUCAAAAUGUAAUAUACAUAUGUGUGUGUGUGUGUGUGUGUGUGUGUGUGUGUGUGUGUGUGUGUGUGUGUGUGUGUGUGUGUGUACUUGUAUGGCUAUCAUUAUGAGAACUAAUUUGAUUUUUAGACCUGGGAAGUGAGGACAUUUUAGGAGAGUGAAGACAUUUUGGUUGGUCCUCACUUUCUGAUACACCUUCAAAGGG